AUGUUGGUGAAUGUGGACGACGAAAGAUAUGUUAAGGUAUGGCAGGUGAUGACAGGUAGAGUAAAAGAAGGUGAUAAGUGGAAAUAUGAUGAGUUGAGAGAAAGAACUGAGGUGGAUGAAAAUGUUAGUGAUGACAAGAGGAAGCGGUUGAUGCAGAUGUUGUUGGAUAGGCGGGGUGCGUUGAGUUGUGGUGACGAGGAUUUUGGGGGAGCUAAGCUUCCCGAAUUCAAGGUAAUUUUGAAAGACGAUACCCCCACAUGUCAGCGUUGUCUACACUUUUCUAUGCCUAUUAUCCAAGAGAUUGAGGAACAGUGUGAGGAACUUGAGAGAGUGGGAGUGAUUGAGAGGAGCAAGAGUGCUUGGAAUAGUCCCAUAGUCCCAGUACAUAAGCCAGAUGGAAGUUGGAGGAUGUGUGUGGAUUACAGAAGGGUAAAUGAAGUGACUGUAAAGGAGUGA